AAAAAGGGAAGUCCUAAUUAAAGAAGUACUUCAGCUGAAAUUUAUAAACCACCACCCAUAAACUUCUGAACAUCUCUGCGAUGAAAGUGGACUCAUCUGGUGAAGAAGGGGAAAGAAAUCCUGUUCCUAUUGGCUGUUGGAAGAUGUUGACAGCCAGCAUGUUAGUGAGUGUCCUCUUCCUCAGAGGUGCACUGGCAGCUUGUGUUUUUGAUACAGACCUCUUCAUCACGACACCACAGAAGGUGGAGGCACUGAGUGGAUCUUGUGUGCAGAUCCCCUGUAUAUUUAGCACCAAAUCAGAGUUUGACAGCAGUGUAAAAAUCUCUGGAGUGUGGAUUAAAAGUGACCCCAGAUUUGGCAUGUUUCCAAACAAUGUGGUUUUCAACAGCAGCAGCCAGACAUUGAACAGCUACAGGAUGAAUAUUACUGGAAAUCUGAGUCAGAAAAACUGCACCACCCUGUUUUCAAAUGUAAACGAGAAUUACACUGAGAGAUACUUCUUCAGAAUAGAGAGCAAACCCUUCAAAGCAACGACUUAUUGUGAUCCUCUUCGAGUUACAGUUAAAGAUUCUCCUCCGAGCCCCAAACUAAUCAUCUCAGGAGAUCUGAAGGAGAAGGAGUCUGUCACUAUAACCUGCUCAGCUUCCACUCCCUGUCCACUCUCCCCUCCUAAACUCACCUGGAAUCUCAAACAAGACUCUCUCAACAACAUGGAGGAAAACCCAGAUAAAACCUUCACGACUAAAAUCCAGGAGCAGAUCACUCUGACGGACAAACAUGAUGGAUACAACAUCACCUGUUCUGCCACAUAUCCUGUGAAUGAAGGAAAAGAAGUCAAGACAGCAGAGGAGACACAGACUCUCAGAGUUUCAUACUCUCCCAAGGACACCUCAGUGAUCGUCAGUCCCACUGAUGCAGUGACAGUUGGCAGCAUGGUGAACCUGACUUGCUCCUGCAGAGCAAACCCUCCUGUCGUCCACUUUGUCUGGUUCAUGAUCAGUAAUGGCAGACUGGAGCUGAUUAAAGUAGAUACACAGGUUUAUGGCCUUAAUGUGACCAAUAGUGAUCCAGGCAGAUUGUUCUUCUGUGGAUGCAGAAACGAUCUGGACAUUCAACUAUCAACAGGACAUCAGCUGAUAUUUGAAGGUGAUCAACUGAACGAACAUGUUGGCAUUCAAGUUGUUAUGAAAAUCCUGGGAAUCCUUAUGCUCGUCAGUACGAUGGUCAUCUUUGAGUGUUGGUUUCGAUCAAAAGGUUCCAUCAAACCCAGAAAGGACAAAGAGGAAGCAGUCUACAGCAACAAUUUGGCGGAGUUGACCUAACCAGCACAACCAAUUAGAUAAACCCUAAACAUAGACUUUGAAUUUACUGUGUAAUAUAUGUAGGGGAUAAUGCCAGACGAGGUGUCGGUUAUCAGUUUUGUAGACAAUAGAGGCCACAUUUAGUUCUUGCUGAACUAAAAACCUGAUAAUAGACACUUAAAAGGGCAUUAUUCCACAUAUUCUGUUAUUACAUACUGAAGAAUAUAAGACCGUAAUGUAUUGUUUUCAUGUGUUUCACAUCGAUAUAUAAAUCUUUGAGCAAAACAUAA